CGUACGCGCGGGCAGGUGAGAGACAGUGAGUGUGUGUGUAUACAUACACAUAGGCAAAUUGACGAGUUCAUUGACAAAAACAUCCAUUUUCUUACCCGCGAAGUAUCUUUCCCGAUUUGACUUUCCCUGGGAGAGGCAGUAUAGAACCCAAGGAAAUGCUCUUAGCUCUAUAGAAGUGAAGGUAAUCACUGAGCAAAACAGAGCACACCAUGGGUGGCGAUUCAAUUUCGUCUCAAGGUGAAGAUUCUUGUUCAGAUGUCGUUUUUUCUACCCUUUCUUCCAAUUCUCCCACUCUUACAAGGGAUAGCUUGAGCAUGAAGGUUGAAAAUGACACUGUGAAUGGGGAAAAUGGGUUGGCACGAGUAGAAACUGGGGAGAUAAAUAUCGGGCCUUCUUCUUCUUCUUUUGAUCUUGAAGUCAAUAACAGAAGAAAACAUCGCAUCUACCAAGAAAUCUUGCAGAAAUAUGAUGAAAGGACAAUUAGUUGCAAGAAUCUGAAAGAGGAAAGAGAGAAAAUUUUGAGCUACAGCCCAGGAGUAUGGACAGAGAAUGUGGGUGGGUUGAAAUUAAGUGAUUAUGAUGUACCAAAGACAACAUGCCUCAUAUUGAUUGGUCCAAGAGGGUCUGGUAAAAGUAGUCUAAUAAAUAGAAUCUCCAAAGUAUUUGAGGUUGGCAAAUACGCAACAGCAAGAGCACAAGUAUCAUGUAAUUCAUCUACAGGAGAUGGGACAUACUUUCUCCAGGAGUAUAUGAUUCCAAGAAGCUCAACUUCUAUCUGUCUGUAUGAUACACGUUGUUUGUCUGGCAAUCCAAAUGACGAUGAUAGAAUUCUGUAUCAGUGGAUGACAAAAGGUGUUAGUCAUGGAGAGCUUGUUCUGAGGAGCACUGAUGAUCAGCGUCUGAAGAAACUUUUAAAGCAUAGGGCUUGCAAGACUGAUUUCUUUUUCAGCAAGAGGAUGAAAGUUAAUUUUGUUAUAUAUGUUGCUAAUGGCCUUUCACUUUUAAAAUCACUGGAGAACACUGGUGCUUCGGAGAGAGGAUAUGCUGAUAUGGUUGCUUCUACUUUCAAUUGCCCGUACCUGUCAUUUAAAGAUGACAAACCAGUGCUUGUGGUCACGCAUGGGGAUCUUCUUUCACUAUCUGAUCGUGCUCGUGUAUGUGCAUAUUUGGUAGAGCUGCUAGGAGUUCCACCAACUCAAAUUUUUGAUAUCCCAGCAGAAUGCGAUGAUUGUGUGACUGAGUUUACCAUAAUUGAAAUGUUGCGGUAUACUCUUGAGCAUGCUGACAGAAAUUAUCCUCCAAAAAUUAGGGUCAUGGAUAAGGUUCAUAAAGCUUCUUUAUCAAUAUAUAUGAUUUUGUUGAUCCUCGGGCUCGGAAUAGCCAUUGCCUUAGCCUGUGAUAAAUUUAUACAUCCUUGUCAUCCUCAUCGUCAUGGCUGGAAAAUUCUUGGCCCUGGUGCAAAGCACAAGGCUCCUGGAUUGCAACCCAAAAUAGAGUGGCACAAAAUUCGGCACAUAUGGUAGCAUUUUCAGUCUCUAGUUGUGCAGAGCUAAUCUUGUUCCUCUAUUGCAUGUGCAGGGAUCUCAUAAUAAUUCACUGUGUAUGUAGUAAUAACUAGAUAUGUUUCCUCAUGUCAAUGGCUGCUUGCCUAGUGGCAACAUCACCCAUCACGUUUGGAUGAGGUCGCCCAGUGUUGACUUGUUAUGUGUGUGUUUAAAUUGUAGCAAAUUAGGGGGGGGGGGGGGAAGAUAUGUUUACUCAGUUUAAGGUGAACUGCACUAUUACGGCUGAUGAAUAAUACCAGCGCUUGAGUUAUAUAUGUUGAUAUAUUAACAUUGCGAGUAAGAUUUUCUAUACCAAACAGAAACUUCUAAUAUUAUAGCAUGAAUGUUGGAGUGUA